UGAGAUAAAUAGAGCAACGUUAUUCCAUUUGAGUGUCUUAUUCGUCCCGGUUUUCAGAUCCAUCAUCCAAACCAGAAAGAAUUCAGAUCAUUGCUCUUUCAAACCAAUUGAAAAUCACAUAUUUUCCCAAUUAGGACGCACGUACAAAGACUUACACGAGCAACCCUAUUUUGGAUACUACAAAAAAUACAAGCACCACCAGAGCGCAGAACAAAAAACUCCAAAAAAUCAAUCAUGAGCCCAACAAUGCCGAUCCGUCGCCCGGCCGUUGCAGCCGCCUCGCAUAUUCAACCCGCCAUGCGUGUGCCCAUUGCCGCUAGGUAUCUAGCAGCCUCAUUCCCGCUGGUCGUCCCUCCACUGGUUGUCGCUGGAUGUGUCGCCACAGUCGUCACCUACGUCUCUCGGCAGCUGACCCAGGAGCGUGGUGCUAUGGACAAGAUCUUUGCGCAAAAGAACGACGAGAAAUACGAGGCUGCUCGCUCAAAGGUUUUUGCUGACUUUGAGCCAAGAAGGAGUCUGUACAAUAUCUUGGGAUGGUAGAGAGAAACUUGACGAGCUCUUCUUAUGUAUUCUGAUUAUUUAUUCAAGUUCAUCUUGUAUAUAAUUCACCGGCUUGAAGUUUAUAGAGGGGCGCAAGAGGGUAGCUUGGGAUGGUCGAUUGUUAUUCAUUUGGAUUUUGCACAGUACACUCGCUAUUCACCCUCGGAUAAUAUCGCCAUGGGUUACCAAAUGAAGUAUAUUAAACAAAGCACAUCGUACUAUUUUAUCUUGGCAGUCUUGAUUAUUAAUUCUUUCAGCUCUG